CAUGUAGAUCUAAUUAGUGAUCGAGCAGAUGGUGGAAGACGGAAGAAAGAAGUAAGUGCGAGCGGGUUAGUAUUCUCAAGCGAAUCUGAUUAAUUUCCAAUGGAAAUAAAGAAGACGAAGAAAAUGAGAGGGGAAGCGAAAGGGUUAGUAUCAACGAGCGAAUCUGAUUAGUUUCCAACGGUGGUCAUAUGGCAACUCUGCUGGCUUAAGCUUGUUGUGUUUUUUAAGUGCGAGAGUUUUUAAACGUUUUUAUACUGUUUUUCCAUAUAUUUACUGUAUGAAAUUCGACUAUUGUGUAUACAUUUUUCAUACAUUGCGAGUGUUGUGUUUUGAAUAAUCGAUCCGCUGUGCUUUCGGCAAUUAAUCCCACCGCUGCUUACUGCUUACAAUCAGCCACCGUCGCUCAGCUCUCUAAACAAUAAACAACCGUUUCACCAGUGCUAUUCUUUUGUGUGCGGCUUAAGUGAACCCGAUCUAACACGGCAACGAUGAGCGCUGAGAAUAACUGUGCCAAAUGCAGCCAGGUUAUAUCCGGCAUCGAUUCGGUUUCAUGCCGCGGGUAUUGUGGAUGUAAGUUCCAUAUGACCUGUUCUAACGUCUCUCGAGCCCUCUUGAGUUAUUUUACAUCGCAUCGCAAAAAUUUGUACUGGAUGUGUGAUAAUUGUGCCGCUUUGUUUGAUAAUUCGCAUCUUCGUUCGAUUUCAAAAGCGGCUGAUGAUAAAUCACCUCUAGUGUCACUCACUGAGGCGAUCAACAACUUGCAAUGCGAAAUAAAGCAAUUGUCGAGUCAAACUCCACGUACUAUCACACCGAGAACUCGAAUAUGGCCCAUUGAUCCUCGCCGUGCAGCCAAACGGCCCCGAGGACCGGACUUGUCACAGAAGGCAUCCGAAUGCUUGUCGGGAUCGAAACAACCAGGAGAGAAUGUUGUUUGUGUUCCUAUCUGUGAAAGACCGGCGAACAAAUUCUGGCUUUACUUGUCCCGCAUAAGACCUGAUGUGACUAAUGACGACAUAUCUAAAAUGGUUCGUGCAAACCUCGAAUUGUCAUAUGAUCCCGAGGUGGUUAAGUUGGUGGCUAAAGGAAGUGAUGUCAGCAACAUGACUUUCAUAUCUUUUAAAGUCGGUUUGGACCCAGCUCUAAAAAUUAGCGCUUUGGACCCAACAACCUGGCCACAAGGAAUUUUAUUCCGUGAGUUUGAGGACUAUCCGGAUAAAAAAUUUCGGGAACCAUUCUCUCUGACUCCAACGUCGCAGCAAUAGAAAGAGGUUUUAUACUGGGACGCGCCGAAAGUGAAAUUAUGGAAGCCUCUGAUCCCACCACCACAGUCGAGCCACUGCAGCCAGCGUUCGUCAGCCGUCCCGGUCCUGUGGGUGGUAAUGGUGAUGAGGUCUUCCAAGCCUCUAAUUUCGGCAAGUAUACAUUUUUGUCGGAUCAUUCCAUCGCUGAUUUGUUUCCCGCUUCCAGUUUGUCACCAGAUCAACGAUCACUGGGAUGCAGCGCCACUGGUAUUAUGGAAGCCUCUGAUCCCCCCGCCACAGUCGAGCCACUGCAGCCAGCGUUCGUCAGCCGUCCCAGUCCUGUGUGUGGGAGUGGGGACGAGGUCUUCCAAAUCGAUUUUAUAGGCAAGUACGCUCCCGUUAUGGAUGUUUCAAGCACUGAAAUUUUACUCGCUUCCAGCUCUAUGGCGGCGAAUCAGUCAUGUCUUUCGAGUAUCCGGGUAUACUACCAAAACGUUGGUGGUAUGAAUGCAUGCAUUGAUGAGUAUUUGUUGGCGUGCUCGGAUGAAUGUUUCGACGUGAUAGCUUUUACGGAGACCUGGCUUAACGAUUGCACCCUGUCUGUGCAAGUCCUCGGUGAAAACUAUGAAGUUUUCCGAACGGAUCGUAGUUCCAGCAACAGUACGAAGAGUACUGGUGGCGGCGUACUUGUUGGUGUUCAUCGUCGUCUAAAAGCACAACUAAUCCAAUGUACCAGUGGUAGUUGCGUUGAACAGCCGGAAACGAUUCCUCAAGCCAUAAUAGAUAUGACCAAGGUCCUAGAGGUUACCACAGCUGAAGAUGUCACCAGUCAUCCCCACUCGAUUGCCAUUACUGCACCGGAACGUGUAACUUUUGUAAAGGGUACCUGUCCUGAAGAAAGCAAAUGGUGGUUCAAUGUGCUAUCGGCCUUCCCCAAGUCAAAGGGGCGCCACAAAAGAAACGCGACCUUUCCUGGCGGACAAGCGACCACCAUUAUACAAUCACAGCCUCCAUCAACCGUUCGGAACCGACACAAUUCAUACCACAAAGAACUGCUGCCAUCAUCGCCGGUCGGCAAUCUGGUUGAGGUACUGACGGCGCCAUGCUCCUGGAGUCCCACGGCUGCACUUGCUUCCGAUGAGAACAAUCUGAAUGCAAAUGAUGAAAAUACCACAAUCGGUGGCUGCAACAACAACAACAAUAGCAAUGGCAGUUGUAAUGUCAACACCAAAGUGUACUGCGAUCAACCCGUAUCGUCGAAAUCGCCACCCACUAGGGAUAAACUGCAUACUGAGGGCAAGGUCCAAGCACGUAUCAGGAAUCGUAUUCGAGCAUCGCUAGAUGCAACCGAUGCAGCAUCUAAAUGUUACUUAUUGGAAGAUGUACGACGCGAUGAAAAACUGAAAGACAUUGCCAACACCAUCACGAAUGUCAAUCGGUGGAGCUCACCAUGCAUCACGGAUAGUCUGCCGAUGACAGUGACACCGGACGAUAAGCCGACCCGUGACGAGAAUACGGUACCGCAAUACAGUCCAAAAACAACAGGACAAUUGCGACCUCAGUCACUAUCGAUUCCUUCUACGGCCCCGGCCAUUGUUUCUGCCAUUGUCAAAAAGAUUCCCACCGGAAUCUUGAGCACUAAGUCAGACCUGUCGAAAAGUACCAACGCUAACCAUACAACCUCUAGUCCGAAGCUGCGAUCUAGUCAAACCCACGAACGAGGUGAUCCCGAUGGGGAUUGUGGCCUCGACGAUGCUCCCACAAACUAUUUAGCUAAAAAUUCUGAGCUUCGCGUUAGUUUACCCUCAGAGGAACUGCUCAGCUCUAAAAAAGGCUGGCUUAUGAAACAGGACACUCGUACUGGUGAAUGGAGCAAACAUUGGUUUUCGCUGCGAGGAGCAGCACUGUUCUACUACCGCGAUCCCGUAGCCGAGGAGAAGGGUGUUUUAGAUGGUGUUCUCGAUGUAAAUAGCAUUACCAAUAUUACCGAAGUGCCAGUCAAAAAAAACUACGGAUUUCAGUUGACGACUUGGGACAACCGGAGAAUAGUGCUUUCCACAGUGACUAUAAGCAUCGCGAAUAAUUGGAUUAAUGUGCUCAAGAAUGCAGCAGGAUUACCUCAGACCAAAGUUACACUAAAUAAUAAUAACCUAGGACUGAACAAUCAAAACGAUGACAACUUUGACACGUUAACGGACAAGCAACCCCUGGAAAUACAGAUCAUCGACGGUAGUCCAGUUCUAGAGAAAAUCAACAGCCAUAGUAGUAACAUAAUCGGUAGUAAUCGGGUCGGCGUUGAAACAAAUCGAGGAGAAGAUGUGGUAGACAGUAAACCAACACAGAAGAGUCAGGACGUGAUCAUACACUUAACUAAAUCGAAUAGUACCAGUGAUGUUAUAAACAACAACGUACCUCAAAAAUCAUCCAGUACAAUGACGAUAGCAACAACUCCAGUAACUCCGGUAACUCCGAAAUCAACACUUUUCUCAUCAGAUGAGGAAUACCGCACCGCAUCAGAAGGUGGUCGAAGAGACAGUAUCGGAGACUGGGGUUCACCUUUAUCUCCUUCACCGCCAGUCCCACUUUCAGCGAUAGCUAGAACCAAAGAUAGAUUAAGAACAUCCCAUAACCGAUUGCAUAAACGUAGCCGUUCUUCACCACCCAGCUCUCGACGUAGCACAAUCGAUAGUGUGCAGUCUGAGGACAUACCGUUGAUCAAUGCAGUUCAGGAAGAAGUUUGCAUCGACAAAGAAGUUCAGCUUCGCUUACAAGCUGCCGAAAAGGAACUUUCGAUGCUACGAGAAGAAACUCAUGAACGUGAGGCCAGAAUGUCUGAACUACUAGCAACAUUGGAACGAACGGAACAAGAACUCACUAGAAAAAGAGAGAGUGAAGAAAAUCGGGAAAAAAUAAUGAUGCAACUGGAUGAAAGUCGAAAUAGCGCUCAAGAAAUAAUCGAUAGGAUAACAGUUGAGUUGGAUAAAAGUCGUGAGAUGAUCAAAGAGCUAGAAGAUCGGCUUGCACGUGGCAUUGAGGAAAAUGAGUCGUUGUACAAGAAAAUUCGUGAUUUUGGCAUUUGUAGCCCAGCAUCCAGCCUCUGCAGUCUAAGUACGAAAAUAGGUAAGAUGAAACGAAUGGACUCCUUUAGCGAUCUAACCAGUUUGAACGAAGUCGACCCUAGUAGUUUGGAUAAAGAUAUGUUAACGGAUGAAUAUCAUGAACUAAGGGCACGAUUUGAAAAAGCUGUGAGUGAGCUGAAGGCAAUGAAGCGCGAGAUAAAAGAAUCACACAAGAUGUUCGAUGAUCUGGAGAUAUCUUAUGUAACGCUCAAGAAAGAAAUAGAUAGGCAGCAGAAGGAGCACGAUGCGCAGUCGAAAAUGAUGGCAGAUCGUAUUCAAGAUAUGACAAACAAAUAUACGAAUGCGGAAAAACAAGUACGGAUGUUAAAGCAAAAACUUGUUCGGAAUGAGAAACGUAGAUCAUUGUCUUUGAAAGGCAAGGAAUCACUUUCCAUCCAGAAGGAAUUAGAAGAAAAAGUGGCUGAGUUGGAAAAUAAAAUUGAUGUCCUAGAACAUGGGUCGAUCCUUGCUGAAGCGGUUGUUUCACCUCAAGAAUCAUCUGAGCUGAAAAAUGUGAAGCGAGCAUCUGCCAGACUACGGAGAAAAAGUUUGGAUAGUGCUACAAUUUCAUCCCAACCAAUGCAAGUUUUGCUGAGACUGAAUACUCUGGAGAAACGUGUCGAUACAAUCAAAGCGACAGCUAACGAAAUUCUAUCUAUUCCAAGUUCUAGUGAAUCUGUUAACAGUUCCGAACACGUAACUAGUGGUACAAGUUCAAACAGUAGUAUUGUGGGUAAGAAUGAAUCAAACGCAAAUUAUCCUAAGGUCUCAGAACAUCUGAUGGAUCGUCUGAAAAGCCUGGAAGGUGUAGUAAUUUCAGUUAGAGACCUUGUCAACCAAAGCAUGCACCAAUUCCAAAACCUAAAAACAUCUCGUUCGCGAAGAUCAGUUUCACCAAUUGCAGAUAAAAAAGACUCAUACAAAUUUGUUGAGCGUUGUCUUUCGGAAGUCUCAAAAUUAUUACGUGAUAGCUGUGACAAUUGCGUCAUUCAAGAUUUUGCUCUAAACAAUAACAUUGUCCUGCUCCCAGAAACGAACCCAAUCAAGCUAGCACUCACACAGAUGGAAGGUCAACUUAAAAACAAAUUGAGUGACCUACUGAAACAACGUCGAAUGCUUCGGGAAACAAAUGGGUUGAGUCAAAGAAAGGACAUGGAACUGUUAGCCGAACGUAUUGCAUUUGAAAGUGUCUGCUUCGGUCGACUGAGAAAUGCUUUGGAACGAGCGGAAAAUGUAAAAAAAUAUGAAGAGAAACUAACCAAAGUAGAAGUAUCCGAAACUAUACAAUUGAUGGCAAUGCUAAAAGCUAAACUAGCCGGUAAAUGUGGAAUUAAACCGAACAGUAGCAUUGAUGUUCUAGCUAGUGUUUUAGCAAGAAAGCUUGUGUUGUCAGCAGGCAGAACGAGCAGUACUAGACCGUUGAACUUCGCACCACUUAAUAGUAAUCUGUUGGAUGAUCUGCUGCGACAACAGAACGAAGUUCAUAUGAUAGCCAAACGUUAUAAGACUACCGUGAUGGAAAAUUUAGCCUACGGUUUGGCUGCUGAAACUCUCAGCUACAUUUCGUCUUCGAACGAUACAAUUCAGGGUGCAGUGCAGGAAGCUUGGCGACAAGCUCAAGAAGCAGUUAAUGCCGAACUAGUCCAGUCGGAAAUUGCCCACAUUAUGAUGAGAAGUGCUCAACGCUACGAAAAUGCGUUGACACCUGCCUUUGGAUAUGCACUGUCCACAAACGAACGAAUAACUUUCGAAAAUUUUGCCGACGCUGUACAGGAUGUUCUGCGAAGAGAAAUGGAAAUGGCAGUCACACAACUAACGGAGUGCUACGAAGAAAGUCUAGCAAAAAUGAAACGUGGCCAAUGGCGAUUACAUCUGGAACAAGAGAGAAAACCUAGCGAAGGGCGACAACUGUUGGCAGAGUUUGCAGAUAUUGUAGCUCAUAAAGCAUUGAUCGACUCCCGUGUCCAGAUUUUAAAGGGAGACUACGUUCCGACCAAAAUCAAACUUAUAGGUGAGGAUACUAACAGCUAUAGCGUGAUGGCUUUGAAAAAGUACGAAAAUUUGUACACUGAUCUCACUUCUGACUUGGAAAUAGCCAAUCCAGAUGACAUCCUCGCCGAGGCGGACUUCAAUUUCAUGUAUAAAUACUUUGUAAAUGAACAUUCGUCCAGUAAGGUGGACAUCAAAGAGAUAUCUAACGCACUAAAUGAGCUGGAGCGAUCAGUGGUACUACUACAGAACACAGUGUUUCCGGAUAACGUUCUGAUCGCCAGCAUGGUUGAUGCUGACAACUUGCGAACCGUGUAUUCACGCUGUUGCGAAAUACAAAAACGGAUUGAAUCCCUGAAUUUGCGUGCAAAUGAACUCCGAGUUCAGUGCAACGAAUGCGAUCGACUGCAAGAAACGCUUAUCCAAAUAACAGAUCAGCAUGAGACUGAUAUUGCUAAUAUAAAUCAACAAAACGAUACAAGAGUGAUUCAACUUAAUGAAAAGAUCAAUGAACAAAAACGACUCAUUGAAAAUAUUGAGAACGAAAAGAUCAAAUUACAAGAGAGACUCAACACCGAGAAGAAUGAACUGGAGUUGCGCAAAAAGGAAUUUAAUGAAUUGAGCAAGAAGCUUUGCGAAUAUGAAAAAUUGUGCCAUGAGAAGGAUAAAGAAAUAGAAGAAUUGCUGGAAAAUUUUGAUGAGGAACGUAAGAAAUCCAAAAUACUACGGGACAAGUACGAAGAACUUUCCAACAAUUACCAAAGAAAUGCAGAAGAAUACUGCGAAUUGGAAAAAGAACGUGAUUACGUGUUUGAUCAAAUCCAAAGGGAAAAUGAUCAUGUGAAAAAGCUUGAAAGGCAUCUGGAAAUGCUGGAAGCAGAACAUGCUCAACAAAUCGACAAUCUACACGCUGCCUAUCGGGAACAACAGAUGGCAAACGAAAUCGAUUCGCAGAAAGACAAAGACGACGAAGACAGCCUGCGGUCAAGAUACCAAGCAGAAAUCGAGCAACUGAGAGCUCUAUGUGAAAAAGGACUUGCUGCAAUGGAAGCAUCGCACAAGCGCAUCAUACACGACUUGCAAGAGAAGCACCAACAUGAAAUAUCCCGGUUGAUCGUCGAAAAGGAACAAGCACUGGCCGAAGAGACACAGGCAACUUUGGCAGCUCUGGAUGCGAUGCGAAAAGCUCAUCAGAAUGAAGUCCAGCGAGAAGUUGCACGUUUUAAACAGGAGUUUUUGAAGCAGUUUCAAAAAGGAGGCCAGCCACCCGUCAGCUAUAAGGAAAAAGAGCUAGAAUUGGAAGAAGUACGCCAAGAAAUUCUUUCCCUGUCAGAAAAAUACUCGAUGAAAUGUGUUGAAACAGCUUCGCUCGAGGAAAAGCUCAGGAUAGCUUCACAGCAACUGAAAUAUUCUCAACAACACAUUCAACAACUUGACGUUAGAAACAAGCAAUUGCGAGCACAUUUUGUGCUGGGAGAAUCCGAUGAACCUGCUUCUAGCAGUUACACACCAAAAGGAAGUCAUCAAAACGCGCAUGAAGAUGUGAGCAGUGUAAGGAGCUUCCUAAACAGCAGUAAUUCGACGACUUCGACUGUGCAAGUGGAUUCGAUGUUCAGUUCUACAACAACGUCGACUGCUACUUUAAUAAGCGGUACCAAUACGGCGUCAGUAACCAGCAGCAGUCAACCUUCCUCAGGCCAUUGUGUUAAUAAUCACAACAAAGAGUACCAUAUUAUUAACAAUAAGAAAGAAUCACACCCAAGAUUGAAGUUUUGCGAAGGAGCCAAACUAAACGUUUCUACAGUCUUCCCUACCUCGAUAUCGACCGGUAUAAUUGAUCCCGUCAAUAUGACGAACAGCAACAAUCGAGCCAAAGUUCUAAACCCCAAACAGCCAAACAGACAGCCCCUGUGCAGCGAGCUUACCAGCACCUCUUCACAGCCAUCUUCUAUCAACAGCGUCCACAAAAUGAAUCCCAUCCUCAGCACCGACAGUAGCAGCAGUAAAAGCAGCAACAAUAACAGCAGUAGUAAUAAUAAUAAUGAUACCGACCACUUAAUCGAGCUUAAGUCAGCUUUAAAAAUAUGUUCGCCCCCUCCCUUAGAUGAGAAGGACGUUGAACAAAUUCAUCGAUUCGAAUUGGAGAUUUGAAGCAUUACUAAUAACAAAACACAACACAAUCAUGAUCAUCAUUAUUAUUAUUAUCAACACAUCAAACAUCGCAUCGCAUAGCUUUUUUUUCGAGUGCCACACGCCGAAUUGCACUGCUUUUCAAAGCUGCAACGCAAACAAAUAAACCCCACCCUCAUUAAGGAAAGGCUUUCGCUGUAUUUAGGCACCUGCGAUUUCCCUCAAACCUCCCACCAGUUAAUUAUGCACUCAAAUAUUGUUUCCCUACGAAGCAUUUUAUUUUAUGUAUCUAACUUAACAGGUCACUGUAUAUUGCUAGUUUUUAAAUUUUAUCCUUUUUGUUUCAUUUUACAUGUACAGUAGCUACGUACGACAGUCUGUGUAAACAUAACUAACAUUUAGUAAAAUUCAUCAUAGGAUAAUCGUAGAAUCUAACCAAAUGUUCAACCUAUUGUACUGAAACUUGGAAUAAAGCAGUGUUCGAAAAACCAUUUGCUAACGUUCGCACCUGCAUACUGGCAGACGUAGACUGGACUCGGUGCAGUCAACUUCAUCGUAGAGUAUAAUAUAAUCCAUUUAGAACCUUUAGGAAGCGUUUUGAAUAUUUCAAAAUUAAACGCCGUUUGCAGCUAGAAAUUUUAGAAAUUUGUUGAUAAUUUUUGUUUAACUCAGUCGAAUACCCGCACCCCGAAAUUACGUGUAAGAAUUACGUACUAGACUUAUUUUUAGUUCAAAAUAUAUAGAAAUUCUACACAGUCUUCCCCCGUCAA